AUGGAUGACCUAUCAGGGCUCAACUGGACACCCUCCUCAGGGUCUGAAGCGAGAAGAUCAUCCCCGGUUGGAUCCGCGCCUCCAUCUAGGUUCUCUGAGUUAAGGCCUACACCUCCUAUGUCAGGACGAUCUACUCCGUUAACUUUUGGUCCUUCGGUGCGUUCGAAGCCACCUUCAAAAGCAACUACUCCGGCCAAUGACAGUUUUGCGAAUCUAGUCUCAUUUAACUCUGCCAACUCUGGAAAAACACUUUCAUUGCUCGAACAACAGAAGCAGUUGGCAGAACAGAGAGCACGGAAGGAAGAAGUGAAAAGGGCGAAUUUAGAGACCCAAUAUGGGGGAAGCAAUACACAAUUCUGGGACAAUUUCGAAAAGCCGCAGGCUUCAGCAUCUCCCGCAGGCGCGCAUACGUUCUUGGGACAACGUCGCCCUUCUGGUGAUGAAGAUGAUCUGUUGGCUGCCUUCAAUGCAUCCGCACCAGUUGACGCCUCCACAAACUUCCCUAUACCCGUUCACAGUGGAUCCUCUAGUAAUAAUACGCCAAGUUUACAACUCAGAUCGAAUGAUGUGCAGGCUACACAUCAAAGCUUGAGGAUUCCUGAUGAUGAUGACCCAUUCGGUUUGCGCGACCUCAAACCCAAGGCUACAUCACAAAAUCUCACGCCCCAGACCGUCGACGAUGACAUUCUAGGUUCACUUGGGAAAUCGGUGUCCGAGUUUACACAGAAACAAAAAGUUGAAAUAUUAUCACCGAGAGAGGCGCCCGAAAAGCCUUCUCCACCCGUUUCCACUGAAGAUAAGUAUAUUGCUGAAUUAGUAGACAUGGGAUUUCCUGCGGACAAGGCUCAAAAGGCCCUUGCUGCGACAGAGUCUGGAAUUGAUGUUCAGGCUGCCGUUGGAUGGCUCCUAAACCAAGCUCACGAGGAGGCAAAACAAAAGGCGAAAAAUAGGGGACUGAGCAAAGAUCAGCAUCAAAAUAGAAGCCUUGAACGGAGUUCUGGUGGCAGAUCUCCUGAGCGGCGAGACAACGGUGUACCCGCGUGGAUGAAGAACGAACGCUCUCGCUCCUCAAGCAAUCAUGCACAUAGCCCAAGUCCUUCCAGACUGGACAAGGACCCGGCAGCGUUGGCAGCAGAAUUAGGUAAUACCCUCUUCAAAUCAGCCAAUUCCCUUUGGAAGAGCGGAGCGAAAAAGAUGCAACAAGCCGUCCAGGAGUUUAAUGGCCCGUCUGACUCAAACCAACCUCGCUGGAUGCGAGAAUCCCCAUCAACUGCCUCGGAAACAACGCGUCCAGGAGCGCGAGGCAAUAGCGCUCCACACAAGGGCAACUUCACAGAUGAAGCGUUGCUGCUUGAAUCUGAUGCAAAGCCUACCAAGCCACCCAGGCGGAGGGAAGAGUCUUAUCCCAUUUCCAACCCAGAUCUUCUCCAAAACCGUUCACCACGUGCUCCGGUGCAAAGGGAUACUCAACCGCAAAUUAGGGAAGGCCCUCGAACUCGGCUCACUCGUGUGAACGCUGAAGAGCCAGCCGCCCAAGCAUACGUUAGCCCUGCGAGGAGACGGAAAGCAGCUCCAACACCGCCAGCGUCGGAAUCUCAGCCUAACUUGUUCGAUACACCUAACGCAGUGAACCAACCUGCACGACCUGCAACGACAUCGCCUCAUCCCCAAACACGUCAAGUCCGGACUUCCAAGCCACUGCCAGUGCGUCCUAGAGCACCUCCACGCGAAAUUCCUCAAAUUUCUUCUUCUGCGCUUGCGUCCUCCCAUAGCUCACGUCAGAAAGGUUCCGAAGCCUUUAAACGUGGCGACUAUGCUUCUGCGCAUACGGCAUAUUCCACUGCCCUUUCUCACCUACCGGAAAAGCACCCCCUAACGGCAGUGCUUCUAUGUAACCGUGCGCUCACCGCGCUUAAAAUUGGCGAACCCAAAUCGGCGAUCACCGACGCAGAUACUGCCAUGGCAAUCAUUGGCCCUUCCAGAGGAGAGUCGGAAAAGAUCGACUUAGCGAAGGGGGAGCCCAGCAAAGACAUGAAAGAGGUUUUUGGUAAAGCAUUGAUGAGGAAAGCCGAAGCGCUAGAGCAACUUGAACGGUGGUCUGACGCCGCUAAGAUCUGGCGAGAUGCGGUUGAAUCAGGCCACGGAGGUAGCACUAGCAUCCAGGGACGAAAUAGGUGUGAAAAGGCGGCUGGUAUGAACCAGCUAACUCCCCGUACAUCAACGUCGGUGACGUCUACGGGUCCCGUAAAACCCAGAAAACCAGUUACUCCAGCGGCUAGGCCGAUUGGACAGCAGUCCAAGCCAGCAGAAGCGGUUUCUCGUCUCCGCGCAGCAAAUGAGGCGGCAGAUCGAGCUGAUAACGAAAAAUUCGCCCUGUCUGAUUCUGUGGAGGCUCGUAUAAGCGCAUGGAAGUCGGGGAAGCAGGAUAAUCUGCGAGCGCUUUUGGCAACUUUGGACACUGUUUUGUGGCCAGACGCUGCGUGGAAGACGAUUAAUCCCGGUUAA